UUUGACAGUUGAAUUUUUGACAGUCAUUACUGUAAAAGAGCUGUUUGCUAUGGCGGAGAACUACGCAGCUGUGCUCUAUGGUCCUCGUGAUCUCAGAGUGGUAAAAUGGCCGAUGCCGGAAAUAAACGAUACGGAGGUCCUGGUGGAGAUAGACUCCGUAGGAAUCUGUGGGUCAGAUGUCAAGUUUUACACCGACGGGAAGUGCGGGCUGGAGGUGAUAGACAAGCCCAUCGUCAUGGGACACGAGGGUGCCGGCGUUGUGAUCAAGGUGGGUGCUAAAGUGGACAAGUUAAAAGUGGGUGACCGCGUGGCCAUCGAGCCCACGCAGCCUUGUCGCUCGUGUGAGGCGUGCAAGCUAGGGAAAUACAACGUUUGUCCACUGCCCCGGUACUGCUGCACCACCACCACCCACGGGAAUCUCUGCCGCUACUACAAACACGAAGCCGACUUCGUUCACAAGAUACCAGACAACUUGACGAUGGAAGAAGGGGCGGCCGUGCAACCUUUAGCAAUAGCCAUCCACGCCUGCAACAGGGCUGGCAUCGCACUAGGAUCCGAGGUGGUCAUACUGGGCGCGGGACCCAUUGGACUGCUCUGCGCCUUAACUGCUAAAGCCAUGGGGGCUACUAAAAUCCUAAUAACAGAUGUGGUACAGUCCCGAUUAGACACAGCCAAAGGCAUGGGCGUUGACCAUGUACUACUCACCGACACGAAAUGGUCAGAUAAGGAGACAGUAGAUAAGAUCGUCGCCAUACUUGGCGGUAGGCCCAACAUCACUAUUGACGCCUGCGCGUACCCCAGCGCGCAGAGAGCGGCGUUACUAGUGACUAGAACGUGCGGCGUUGUGGUCGUGGUGGGUAUCGGCGGUAAAACGGUGGAGCUGCCACUCUCGGACGCCAUGUUACGCGAAGUGGACAUCAGGGGCUCCUACAGGAUAUGUAACACCUAUCCAGCAGCGCUGGCAGCGGUCUCCAGCGGGAGCAUCAACCUGAAGCCGUUCAUCACUCAUCACUUCCCUCUCUCCAAAACCAAGGAGGCCGUUGAACUCGCCCAGUCUGGAGCUGCAAUGAAGAUUAUAAUACACCCAAAGAAUUAAAUUAUUUAAUCUCGUUAUAUUGUGUUUAUUU